AGGAGCCUCACAUACUCUUCUUCAUCUCUCUCUCUCUCUCUCUCUCUCUCUCUCUCUCUCCCAUGGCGAGAAAGACCUUGGCUUGGUUUGUGUUGUGAAAUGUGGUGGUUCAAUCAUGGCACGGGGUCUGAUACCGUGGAUCUGGCUGAAGAGACCCGUCUAUAUCCAGGCCCGGUUCUCCUACCUACACAUGAAGUACCUUUUCUUUUCCUGGCUUGCUGUUUUCGUGGGAAGCUGGGUAGUAUAUAUGGAAUACUCAUCUUACACAGAACUCUGCCGAGGACAUGAGUGCAAGAACUCUAUCUGUGAUAAAUUCCAGAAGGGAGUAAUUGAUGGCUCCGCCUGCAACAGCUUGUGUGAGAAGGGCACUCUUUACCUGGGGAAGUGCCUCUCUGCCAAACCCAUCAAUCAGGUAUAUUCUGGCAGUUGGGGGGAUAUGGAAGGGAUCAUAAAGUGUCACAUGCAAGAGGUUCCUCAUUAUGACUUGGGUGUAGAAUUAGAGCCCCGGAAAGAGUCUGCCUUCUUUAACAGGCCAACCAAAGGAACAUCUGUGGAGAAGUUCAAAGAGAUGGUCUUCAGCCAUCUAAAGGUAAAAGUAGGAGAUCAAGCCAACCUACAUGAUUUGGUGACCCUUGUGCUUGGAGUUGCAGACAGCAACAAGGAUGGCCAGAUUUCACUGUCAGAAGCACAUUCAGCUUGGGCUUUAAUUCAGCUCAAUGAAUUCCUGCUGUCCAUCGUGCUGCAGGAUCGAGAGCACACUCCCAGACUGCUGGGCUACUGUGGAGACUUGUAUGUGAUGGAGAAGGUGCCUUAUGUACCACUCUAUGGUGCCAGCCUACCAUGGAUAGUAGAGCUGUGGAUUCCAGCCAGUCUGCAACGCAGCAUUGACCAGUGGGUCACCCCCUCUUGGCCGCGCAAAGCAAAGAUAGCCAUUGGCCUGUUUGAGCUUGUUGAGGAUGUCUUCCAUGGAACAUUUGGAAGUUUCCUUAUGUGUGACGUUAAUGCAGCAGGGUUUGGUUACACAGAGCACUAUGAUAUAAAGGUGGUAGACGCGAGAAACAUCAUCCCUGAAGCUGCUUUUCAGGAAGUGAUGCGUGAAAGGCAGUGUGAAGAGGACAGUGACUGUGUGUAUGGCACGGACUGCCUAACUUCCUGUGACCUUACGAAACACCGCUGCACCACAGAGGUGACACAGCCAAAUCUGGCCAAAGUAUGUAGCACACUUAAGGACUAUCUUCUCUAUGGUGCACCAUCAAACAUACAAGACGAAUUGGAGAAACAGUUGUAUGCCUGCAUCGCUCUCAAGGGUGCCACCGAACAGAUGGAAAUGGAGCACUCAUUGAUUAUUAAUAACCUCAGAACUUUGCUUUGGAAGAAGAUAUCCCACACUAAAGACUCCUAAUAUAACACAGAACUAAGUUAUUACUCUUCUAUACAGAACACAUAGUAUACAAACAAUGGACUGGAACGGUCUGAUUGAUAUCAGGUGACUCAUAACCAAGAAUCCUGGAAUCUAAUUAUUCUUUGUUGCAGAAUAUACCAAUAUAGACUUGAUGACCCCUUGUUGCUUGCAUUACCCAGUCUUGAAUCAAUCCCAAGUUAUAACAGCUUAGGCUGCAGAGAUAUACUGCAUCUGUUAAUGCAUGUCCACCACUGCCGAGAGAAAGUGCAAAAUUGCUGUUCUUCUUCUGGAUCGCUGUUUAAGAAACAGAGACAAUGAAACCAUGUCUAGUCUACAGUUGGAAGAAUUCACAUUUUUUACCCUUCAAUUCUUUACAUUUUAACUAUAAAAAGGAUAGAGAGAUGAUUUGCAGGAUUUACAAAAAUUUGCAAACUAAAUUGUGUUUAAAAAUGAACACAUUUUGAUAACUCUAAAAGUUAAUACAGCCGACACUCAAUUUUGACAUUUUGGUAACACUUUUGGCCUCUACUUGUUAACGAUAGUUAAUGCAUUUGGUAUCAUGAACUACAAACAAUACGUUUAAAAGCAUUUAUUAAUCUUGAUUAAUGUUCAUUUAUAAAAAUACAAUUGUUCAUUGUUAAUUCAGAUAAGUAUAUAAUGCAUUAAUGUUUACAACUUCUAGAUAAAUAAAAGAUGUAUCUUGAAUUUAACAAAGAUUAUUAACUAAUGUUCUUAAAGGUGCUGUAAUAGAUUUUAGCAUUCUGGACUUCUGUAUCUUUCACGUGAGCUGUUGAAUUAGCAAUGCCCCCUCAAGACUCAAACCCCUGCCCACCAAAGAAAUUUUGAGGCUAUAACAGAGCAAAAGAGCAGCACUGUUUGUUCCUGUGGCUGUCAAAUUCAAAAGUGGCACAAUAGCACCCUCAACUGAAAAACAUUUUGAAUCAUAGCCUCAAUGAUCCACUUCAAAUGAUUGACAGGUGAAAAGCAUCACAUUUAUGUUUGCUGUUUACAAAGUCUACAGCUGUCACAGAGAACAGUGAGAUAUCUCAGGACACAUUUCACUAAUAUCUUUAAGGGAGUAGGAACUUACUUUUCAAAUAUGCAUACUUUUACAUUUAAAAAAAAAAAAAAAAAAUCACUUACAGCACCUUUAAUGUUAAUCAUCAAAAUUGAUACUGCCAACAAAGUGCGUUUUGAAUAGCUGAUUUAAGAGGCCUGAAAAUGCUUGAAGAUCACUGUUGAUGACCUGAGAGCUCUAUCAUAUUCUGUCACACAAGCUCUUGGUUUUUACAUUUUGCCUUUGUUUUAAAAUCUGUAUACGCAUGUACCCUUAUAUAAAUGAAGUAGGACUGAGGGCCCUUCAAAUUUUUAGUAAAUUUUACUUUUGAACAAAGUCUGUGCAUCCUUUGCUUCAAUCAGUAGUUUUGAAUACAGUUGACAGAGCUGAAUCUUGGCACUUCAAAUUCUGUCAAUAACUACGUUUCCAUCCAAGGAUUUUUUGCGAUAAAUGUUUUAGUUCAUCAAAAUAAAGCUGAUGGAAACGCAAAUUAUCGCUAAAAUUUCACAAGUGUUGACAUAAUAUUUUUCCGUUUACCUCUA